UUGAGCGCAAACCGAUCGCUAUCGUGUGAACAAUGCCGGCCAAUCGGCAGCUACGAUCUACUGAGCCCGCCAUUGGCCGUCACUGGCCGUCACUGGCCGCCAUUGGCCGUCACUGGCCGAGAGCGGCCACCGGCGCACGCGCACAAUGCACUGAAAUCUGAAACUCGGGUUUCGGAUGCCACAUUCGAUCCGGCUCGAAGGACCAUUAUUUCAGUCGCCAUUGUGGUUACAUCGCCAGCACGUAGACGAUUGGUCAUGGACUCAAACUUUACACUUUAA